ACUGUCCAACGCUCUCUCAGGCCAAAACACUCCUCUCUCCCCCCAUGUCUCCCCCCUGCAGCCUAGAGUAUAAAAAUGGAGUGAAUUCAACUUCUGUCACUUCACUUCUUUUGCUCUGCUUGCCGUGUGUCUGGACCUUCAACCUCAUCAUGAGUAAGAACUACUUGUCCAAAAAUGAUGAGCUCCGCAAGGGAGACUAUCUGAUGUCCAACAACGGGAAUUUCAAGGCGAUCUUCCAGGAGGACGGUAACUUUGUCCUGUAUGGCUGGAGUCCUUUGUGGGCUUCAGACACGUGCGGAUCAGACGGUGUCCGCGUGUGCAUGCAGGCUGACUGCAACCUGGUCAUGUACAACCAGCAGUCUGAGGCCAGGUGGCACACCAACUCUGCUAAAGGUGCCGGUAGCAUGUGCCGCCUUCACCUCACAAAUGAUGGAAAGUUGUUGGUAAACCAAGAAAGUGAUGAGAUUUGGAGCUCUGCUGAAUCCACAGGCAUGAAGUGAUUUAUAGUUUGAUGUCAUGUUCAACUGUCCACUAGAGUUACCAGUGAACCUUCCUUCUGUGUCAUCUGGGAUCAAAUAAAAGACCUUUUUCUCAAUGCA